AUGGCUUCCAAGUGUUUUCGGGGACAGUUGAAGUCAAAGUCUUUGCAUCGAUACCGGCUCACUCCCAGCGACUUGCUCACUGGCUCCGAACAGGCCAUUCCCGAAACUGGUGAGGGCGCGUUAUCUGGUGUGUGGGAAGUGCAGACCACGGAGGAUGCCUCAGCAUUGUUGGCCGGCUGCCCUCUGGAGAUGGUGAUCGCCUGCAGCUUCCAAAGGGCCUACGCCCCUCACAUGCUGGCGCAGCAGGAGGUCAUCCGAAGAUUGGCAGAGGCCCAACCAGCCGGCAUGGCCUUUGCCUCAGUGGACCUGCAGGCCUCCCCAGCUGUUGCUGAUUGGGCAGGUGUGCGCGAGCCAGAGGUUAGGCUGCUGCAGCCGGAUGGCUCUGUGCUUGGAAGGCUAAGUCCUCAGGAGGUCAAGGCCGGAGCAUUGGUAAAGAUAGCUUUGGAGAAGGCCAAGGAUCUGGCCAAGCAGGCAGAGCAGAAGCUCGACGCUCUCUCUGAGCGCUUUCCCAAUGCUUUGCAUAGCAAGCUCGGCAUCUGCCUUCCACGCGACAGCUGUGAGAAGAUGCAGCAGAAUGCCCGUGAGGUGGUUGAGAAAAUGUAUGGCAAUGACAGCCCAGAGGCAGACAUGGUGGAGGCCUUGUGCCAGAGCACUCAGAAGGGCAAUGUGCCUAGACCGCGCCUCAUAGCAGGGCUGGCAAAGAUGAUUCGGGCGGCGGAGGACGCCAAGUCCACGGUGCCCUUCUUGGACCUGGCACGCCGCCUGGCAGGCUUGAAUCCGGGAAACUCUGCGGUGGAGCUGAGCCUGGCGCCCAGGAGGCCUGGGUUGGGACCCUGCUUGAUGCUGGCGCUACAGCUUCUGGCUAACUGCUUCCACCAGUCCUCACUGACAGAAGCCUUGCUUCCGGUGGUGGCCCAGGUAGUUCAGGCACCCGCCUGGACGGUCUUAUGGUCUGCAGCAACAGGUGCUAACCAGAGCCACCUGGAUAAAGCGCGUGAUGCGGCUGCCACUAUGCUACUGAACGCAUCCGUUGUGCUGAGAGAGGCGAGGCUGCGAGCGUCGCAUGGCCCCCUCUUAGAGCAUUCCGUCGUUGCUUUGAGGCGGUGCCCAAGUGAUCAGGCACUGAAUUGGACAGUUGGGAAUUUGUUGGCCAUGGGCGGAGGAGUUGAUGAGGCUAAGGCUGUGCUUCAGGCACAGCCACAGACGCCGCUGCGACUGCUUGCAGCUGCUGUCUUCAAUGACCAGCUCAGUGGACCAGACAAUGCGGCAUUCCCAUCAGCAUGGCAUCCUCCUUCUUCUGGUUCUACGGCUCCUGCGCAUGACCAGGCUGAAAGGAGACGCCCGGCUCGAGCCCCCAUACCAGCACGGCAUCGUGGACGGCGUGGAGGAGGCUGA